UCCAUAGUGACAACAAACAAACUUCCGCUGAUGGUUGCCGGGGAUCUCUAAGCAACGUUUAUCCUGUUUCUCCUCACGUCUAGCCCAUGUAGAUUACUAAAGGAGGGGAAAAGUAACUCUCAAAGUACACUCGCAGCACACAAUAGGCAAGUAUGGCGACGGCAACACUUCUGAGCCGUGAGAUUCCUCCUGAAAGGCCUGUUCUGAAGUCAGAAUCAGGCUCUAUUAAUAAUGGAAUGGAGACAGUUUACACUGGCAACACUGGAAACAACAUGGGCAUAUCCACCGAAGGAUUUAGGUCGGCUAAGUACAAUCCUUCAGAAUGGCACGAAAGUAACUACUCGAAAUACUACCAAUCGUUUGUUGACAGAGAUGGGGCGGAAAAGUUGCGCCACGAAUCAAAGAGAGUUUCAAAUGAAACUGAAGCAACAACAAACAAAACACAGUCCGAGGUGACCAAGAAGCUGAACGAAAGAGUCCAAGAUAUCCACUUCUGGAAAUUCGAAUUGGAAAGAGAAAUUGGUGAUGUUAUUUCUGAAACAGACUUGUUGCUUGCCCAGAAAAAGCGGCUGGAGAAUGCCCUCCGUGCCACUGAAGUACCUCUCCAUAUUGCAACAGACAAUCUCAACUGUAGGCAAAGGAGACAGGGAGUGGAUCUGGUUCAGGAUGACCCAGAACUGUCGUUAUUAAAGGAGGUGGAGAUAAUUAACAAUGUUCAAGAUCUUCUUCAGAAAACAAUUGGUCAAGCUGAUGCACAGAUAAAGCAGAACAGAAAUGCAAAGCAGGAUCUGGAAAUGGAUUGGAGUGAUAAAAAGGAAGCAUUGGAAAUUGACACAAAAUGUGCAUCACUCCGAAAUCACCACACUCACAAACAGUUCUACCCUGGAGCAGCUAAGUUCCAAGAAAUCCAAUCCACCCCCGAGUCCUGGGCUCAGUUUUCACACGACAACAUUGUACGAGCUGAGCAUGAGCGAAUGGCCUCCAUCCAGCUGCGAACCCUCAUAGACAACAUCUUGGAGGACACAUCCCGUGACAUGCGGGAACAGUGUGAUGCAGUGGAUGUUGCCUACCAGAAACGUGUUGAGGACAUGGAGGACGCCAAGACCAAGCUUGAGGAAAAUCUUCACAAGGUGUGUGAUGAGAUCAGCAGCCAGGAGAAGAAUAUUGAGAAUUUGAAGAGGGCCAUUCGGGACAAGGAGGACCCACUCAAGGUUGCUCAAACUCGCCUCCAGAACAGAACAUUCCGUCCAGGAGUUGAUCUUUGCAGAGACCCUGUGCAAUACCAGCUCGUUGGUGAGGUAAAUGAGAUCUGCCAGUCAGUUGAUGCCCUCCAGGCCAAGCUGAACGAUGCUGUCAACUCCUUGAAGGAUCUCCAGGACAACCGUAUGUCUCUAGAGAAGGAGAUCUCUUGCAAGAAGAACAGUCUCUUCAUUGACAGAGACAAGUGCAUGACCCAUCGCACCCGCUACCCAACCACCCUUAAACUCCAGGGCUAUCAGUAAAGUCUAGGCAUACAAGUCAAAUAAAAAUAUCAGAGAAACCAGUACCGUUGAAGUUAAUUAUAUAAUGAUUGUUAAGUAUUAACUUUUACAGCUGAUGGAGUUCACUCUGCUCUGUCAGCUGUUCAUUUCACUGUUACAUGAUUAUUUGGAGAUACAUUUGUUGUGGUUUAUAUAUUAUUUUUGUUUGUUUUUGUUAAAACAGGACCAACCAAAUGAUGCAAAACACACACUGUAACCUUACUUGUAGAAUAUACACAAAUGGAUAUCUUUUAAGUUUUAGUUCAUGAAUGCCAUUUUGUUUGGUUAUUUCUGUGUAGUCCACGGCUGUGAUAUUAAAACUAUAAAUUGUAUUCCAUUUCCAAGAUGUAGCAUUGCAGCAGUUUGCAGUUGACGUGUCAUUACCCUGCUUGUUGAUUUAUCUUCAAAUACUGUCUCUUCACUUGGCCAACUGUACAUACUAUAAUAACUAUCUGUAGCACUGAAAAAAUCUUUCCAAGUGCAAAUCGAGGCUUGUGUCACAUGUAUUUCAUCAGUAUUAUUGUUUACGCCAAUUGGAGCCGCACACAAAGAUCUCUUAAAGUGAUUAAUAAUGCUUAUUUGUAUAUAAAAGAUGAAUAAACCUACAAUAAGCAUCAUCA